AUGGCUGUUGAGGAUGAAAUGCUUGCACUUAAGAAGAAUGGCACAUGGAAGUUGGUUGAUGCACCAGAAGGAAAAAAAAUUGUUGGCUGUAAAUGGGUAUUUACUGUAAAAUGUAAACUCGAUGGGAGUGUUGAGCGAUAUAAAACAAGGCUGGUGGCAAAGGGGUUCACUCAGACUUAUGGAGUGGACUAUCAGGAGACUUUUGCCCCAGUUGCCAAGAUAAAUUCUGUUCGAAUUUUACUAUCUUUGGCUGCUGCAUUUGAUUGGCCCUUACAUCAGUUAGACGUGAAGAAUGCAUUCUUGAAUGGUGACUUGGAGGAAGAAGUAUUUAUGAGUUUACCACCAGGUUUUGCAGAAACUGAAGGCAAAGUUUGCAGAUUAAAAAAGUCGCUGUAUGGACUUAAACAAUCUCCAAGAGCGUGGUUUGAACGAUUCGGGAAGAUGCAGAUUGGGCUGGAAGCAAUAUGGAUAGGAGAUCUACUUCAGGCUAUUGCACAUUUGUUGGUGAAGCCAGGGAAGAAUUUGACGGCAGAGCAGCUUUUCAGCCACGAUGCAACCACCGAGAAUUGUCUGAGAGAUAACAGGAUUCUGAGUAUCUGUGUGCAUGCAGGAGUUCUUGAUCAAGCCAGCAAACUGUCUGCAGACAAAGAAAAAGUCACUAACUUGCCUGCAAGUAAAAAGUUGGGUCAGAACGGCAAGAACUCUUCCACAGCAGGGGUUCUCUGGCAAAUCUGUGGGGUCAUGCUUCCACCACAACAAAAUCAAGUGCUGGCCCAGCAGAAAAUAGCAGCUUUGCUCCAAGUUCCACUGUGCAGAAGCUCAAACUGUGCAUAUGAGGCAGCAGAACUGAAUGGCGAUGAUGAGAGUCGGGAUGUGAAUGUUAAGAGAACCUCCAAAACUGAAGGCGGUAGAAAAAGAAGAGUUGUAUUUGAUUUCUCGGAUGAAGAAGAUGAGAAUGAAGAUGCAGUCAAUUUGGUAUCAGCUGAUUUUCCAAAAGCCCAGUAUAUCCUCGCUUCAAAAGAGAGUGCCAAGGAGUUAGUUUCUGAGAAGAAGUGCAAGGAAGAUAAAAUGGAGGUUGAUGAAGUAUAA